AUCAUAUUGAAACGUCAAAUUCAUCUUGAAAAUGUUUAUUUAAUAUUUAAGCAUUUAUUUUAUUUAAUUGUAACGUGCUCAGAGUUAAUUUUAUUUAAAAAUAUCGUUACAAUUAACAUUAAACUAAGUAAAAUGUCACUAGUUAUACGAAAGUCAACUAUAGAUAUUCUAUGUGCGGCGAAAUGGAUCGCCAGAAGAGAUUGUCGAGCUUUAUCAUCAGUGCCAGAAAAGGUAGAUAUUGGUGAAGAAGUAAAAGAAAGAGUACCAGGACGUAAGCCCCGAGCUCAUAAUCCUCUACUUGAGUACAGGCAUGUUUAUCCUGAAUUUCUCCCAGACCCAAAUCCGAAAUGGAGGAACAGCCUCCGUGAAAAGAUGGAACGAGCAGAUAUGUUAAAGAGAAGAAGUCAGAUUGAUAUACCAGAAUUUUAUGUUGGUUCUAUAGUAGCUGUGACAAUAUCAGACCCACAUGCUCAGGGAAAAACAAAUCGCUUUGUGGGUAUAUGCAUUGAUCGUAAAGGCAGUGGUCUCAGAGCUGAAUUUAUAUUGAGAAAUGUUAUUGAUCAUCAAGGAGUUGAGGUUAGAUAUGAAUUGUAUGAUCCAACAAUUCAAUCGAUACAAGUACUUCGAUUGGAGAAGAGGCUUGAUGAUAAAUUGUAUUAUUUGAGAGAUGCAUUGCCUGAGUACUGCACAUUUCCAUUAGAUAUGGACCCAGAGAUUCUUCCUGAAGGUACACCUGUGCCUCUUAAUCCUGUCCAGGUGAAAUUAAAACCAAGGCCUUGGCUCGAGCGUUGGGAAAGACAAGAAUUAAAAGGAGUCUCAAAUAUUGAAGAACACUUGAAAGAAAAAGACAGAGUUCGAAGAGAACUGAGAAAGACACCUUGGGAAAAAUACGAUUUGAUGAAACAGUACAGGAAAACAAUUCCAGCUGAAGAUCAGUCAGAGAUUUGGAAUGAAGUCUACAACCAGUUACAACAAAUGAGAGUCUCUCGUAAAAAGAUGUCGAGAAAACGUACAUUCGCCACACCCAAAACCCAACUUGCAUAGCUUAUUUCAUAUAAAUGUAAUAAAUUAGUCCAUACAUAGUAA